GCGGGAGGAGGAGGCCGAGGAGGCGGGAGAGGCUGAGGAGUCGGCGGCUGAGCCCCCUGGCAGCUAGCAGGCAGACGUCCGCAGCCGAGCCCCAGGGAAGCCAGGGAUGGAACUCGUGAUGGGGGAGCCUAGGAUGAAUGGCCUGGUCCCCAGGGGCCCCCCGGAGCCCGAGCAGUCCCAGGCCGAGCUUGCCGGCUUCCUGCCCCGGCCUCCUCUAGGCAAACAGGCUGUGCAGUUCUCGGAUGUGAGUGCCCCAGUGGCCCCCCAUGAGUGCCCCAGCCCCCUGUAUGUGAGUGCCCUGGAGCCCUGGAUCCCCUGGAUGUGGGUGCCCCAGUGGCCCCCCAUGGGUGCAAGCCCCUGGAUGUGGGUGCCCUGGGCCCUGUGUAGGGUGCCCCAGGUGCCCCCCCGUGAGUGCCCCAGCCCCCUGGAUGUGAGUGCCCUGGAGCCCUGGAUGUGGGUGCUCUGGAGCCCUGGAUGUGAGUGCCCCAGAGCCUUGGAUGUGGAGUGCCCAGUGGCCUCCCCAUGGGUGCCCCAGUGCCCUGAUGUGGUGCCCUGGGCCCUGUGUGGGGUGCCCCAGUGGCCGCCCCAUGGGUGCCCCAGUGCCCUUGUGGAGUGCCCUGGGCCCUGUGUGCCCCAGUGCCCUGUUGUGGUGCCCGGGGCCCCUUGUGGGUGCUCUGGACCCUGGUUGGGUGCUCGGGCCCUGGAUUUGUGCCCCAGCCCCUGGAUGGAGGGUGCCCGGGGCCCUGGUUUGGUGUCCCCAGGGGAUGAGGUGCCCCAGUGGCCCCCCCAUGGUGCCCCAGCCCCUGGAUGGGUGCUCUGGGGCCCUGUUGUGGGUGCCCCAGCCCCUGGAUGUGGUGCCCCAGGUGGCCCCCCCCAGGUGCCCCAGCCCCUGGUGGAGGUGCCCUGGAGCCCUGGAUGUCUCUGGGCCCGGGAAGUCCCAGUGGCCUCCCCGGGUCCCCAGCCCCCGGAUGUGGGUCCCCAGUGGCCUCCCCAUGAUGCCCACCCCGGAUGGAGUGCUCUGGAGCUGUUGUGGCCCCUGGGCCCCCCCAUGGUGCUGGCCCCUGGAUGGGGGGGGCCCACCACAGUCCCGGCCAGGGGCACCCGCCCCGUCGACCGGGUGUUGCCUUGCCCUGUCCACCCAGGGGGCUGGGGCUUUUGCGGCCAGAGCAGCCUCAGCUCCAUACCCCCGCUCCAGCCCCUGGUUUUGGACGGCAAGUUCUCAUGUCCUGGCCGGUUGGUCGUCCUGCCGGCCCUCGGCCUUGAGCGAGGAAACAUCGCCUCUGGGUUGGGGAGAGGCUUGGGCUGGGCUGGCCUCACCCUGCGUGGCUCUGCUCCCGCCUCCUGGCAGGUGAUCUACAAGAAGUUCUCCAUGGAGUGCCUGACCAGUGGGAACUGGACCACAGGGCCUGCCCAGGACCUCAAUGACACCUGCGAGGUCCAGUUUUUUCCCAAACUCCAGGUCAGGCCUGUUAUUGCCCCCGCGUUCGUCUGCCACCCAGAAGUCCUCCCCAUUUACACAGAGCUGCGCAGACCGUCCCAGCGCCGGAUGCAGGCCGUGGCAAACAUGUCCAUUGGGGCAAUGUUUCUUAUGUAUGGGCUGACGGCAACGUUCGGUUACCUCACCUUCUUUGGCCAUGUAGAGGCGGAGAUGCUACAUAUGUACAGUCAGGACCUGCUGAUCCUCUGCGUGAGACUGGCGGUGCUCAUGGCGGUCACCCUCACCAUCCCGGUCGUCCUCUUCCCGAUCCGCCGAGCUAUCCAGCAGCUCCUGUUCCCAACCAAAGCCUUCAGCUGGACCCGGCACGGCACCAUAGCCCUUGUGCUCCUCGCCUUGGUCAAUGUUCUGGUCAUAUUCGUGCCCGACAUCCGGGACAUCUUUGGAGUCAUUGGAGCCACCUCGGCCCCCAGCCUCAUCUUCAUCCUCCCUAGUAUUUUCUACAUCCGAAUCAUCCCAAGGGAACGAGAGGCCUUGACAUCUCGCCCCAAGCUCCAGGCCACCGCCUUCACGGCUCUGGGCGUCGUGAUCAUGGCCAUGAGCUUGGGCUUCAUCUUCACCGACUGGGCAGUGACCGGCCAGAGCAGGGGGACGGGCCACUGAGCCAGAGGCCCAGCCGGGGCUCCCCCACCUCAGCCACCGUGUGCUCCGACCACCCCCGGCUGCGCGGGGAGUAUUUGUGUGUUUGGGCGGCGGGCCGGGGAGGGAGAGGGCCCCUGGGGCUCCGAACAAUCAGCCUGCCUUCCAGAGGAAGGGCCGGGCUGGGCUGGGCUCUCUCUCCCCGUGGGGAUCAAAGUCCCGGGAGGAAGGGGAGCCCCGGCCUGGGGUCUGUGGGCCACCCGCCAUGGGAAGGAGAUCGACUUGGCUUCACCUUUGAGAAAAUGCAAAGAAUAAAGAGAGUCUGGGGAGCUUG